CUCAUUCUGGGUGGCAGGGAGUAACAGUGCAUUGUCGACUGGUUGACCCAUUUGUCAAGAAGAAUACCAGCAGACUGUCUCUCCAGUGGUCUGUCUGUUAAUCUGAUGAGAAACAGAGAAGAAAUCUGAGGAGUACAACAGUGGCUGAACUGUUUCCUUAACCAAGGACACACACCUAGAGAGGUAAGCACACUUCAUAAGAGGUGUGGAUGACACGUAUCUGAGAUGUCUAUCAGGUGUUGUACCGUGUGUUGUCAGACCCUGAUCAUACCUUUUUCAACACAGCCAUACACAAACAUGAAAUGACAAGUGUACAAUUCAAUUUAUGAGAAAAGGAAAUUGUGACUUUACACAUUUAAAUCUAUAUCUUCAAAUCUGAUAGUUCCUUUUACUAUUUUAUUGUUGGAGUAUUUGUUUGAUUUUUCCCCACACUGUUUUAUAAAUGCUAUUGAUAGUUUUACGGAACUAAAAGUUUGAUUUAUAAUUGUUUUCCCAGAAAAACACUUUUGAUUAAAAAAAAAAAAACUGUUUUUAAGUCAUGCUGAAUUACUUUUUAAAAAAUCUCUUUCCCCUAGUUUGACAUUCGUUUAAGCUGGUAUGCAGUUUUUACAAUCAGAUUUGUUGCAUAAAACUUGUGAAAUUCAUUUACCUUCCUCUUGCCUACCGUCAUGUUUAUUGUUUCAUUCCUCUCCACUCUUUAACUAUGUUCAGUUGUAAAAGAGGAAGUUUGUACAUUGGUCAGAGUACAUCCAGUGUGUGUGUGUGUGUGUGUGUGUGUGUGUGUGUGUGUGUGUGUGUGUGUGUUUGCUCCUAAUCUGUUCAGAGCCCUGGUUUCCGGCUGUUUGCCGACUGUCAAGUUAAAAAUAUAACAGAGUCACUGAAGCAGUAAUGCACACAGCCAGAAAGAAACUGCCAAACACCUUCACACUACACAACACAAAAACACCAUGACUUCAAAACAAAACCAUCUAUUUACUCACCUUUAGGACUCACCCUGGUUUUCUGGUUGGAUCUUUUAAAAAAUGUCCUGCUUAGUAAUGAAGCUUGAACCAUGUCCCCAACCCUAGUGCAUUAAAACAGUUACAACAGUGUUAUGAGCAGGUGACAGUGUUAAUAUUUUCAAUGAUUAUUACAAACUUUGCUACAUUAGCUACAGCAAUGUCUGCCAAACCACUCAAGAAUAUCUGUAUCUGUAUAAAGGAGACAUUUUGUACAGAUUUUCACCUUUCAUUAUGUUAGUUUGGGACACCUACAGAGUAGCUUUGCCCGAUUUACGGUCUAUCUAUCUUAUACUGGUGCAAAAAAACUGCUAAUUUUAACACUUUCAAAAGUUAGAAGCAUCUUGGGGAUGUUACUUUUUACACAGAUUUAUAUUCACAAUAUGACCUAUAAAAUAUGCCUUUACAGAAAAUGUGUUUAACUAGCUGUUAGCUCCCAUGCUAGCUUCCACUAGCUGUGCAUUAGCUUUUGUUACAUUAGCUGCUUUUACUUAAAGUUUGUGGUUCAAGCCUUUAUGAAAAGUCUUAAUUGAUGGAUCAGUUCCAGGUUCUAGUGUAUGCUGGGAAGUCAUCAGUAAAGUGGUGAGCAACAGCAGUGUUAUGUCUGUUAUUUUCUGGAAAACAGAGAAUCUAUUGGUACCUUUUAUUGACUGCAGAACUUUAAAAUGUAACACUUAGGAUUCAAUAAUAAUAAAUGGCUGCAUAAUAAACAUGCCAACAAAUGAAUAAGAGAAGUAGGGCCUUUUUUUUUUGUUCAACAAAAUCACCAAGCCAAGAGACUGUAUUGCCUAGAGUUGAACACCUAGAGGAACACCUGUGACUUGCUUCUAUUGUGGGUUGGUCUGCACUGAAACAUGAUUUUAUUUAUUGCUGUGGAAUCAAAACUCUCCCUGUAUUGUUCAAUAUAGUUUUACUUCGACUGGAUGAUUUCUUUAAGCUUUUUUAUACCUGUUAGUGAACUUUAACUUUAUGGCUUUACAUCAGUGUCUCUAUUACCAAUUGUUUCUCUUAAUUUGUGUUUUCCUCCUGACCUUUAAUAUGUGAGUUACCAUAUUUGCCUUUAGCCAGAUGACAUUUGUUCUUUCUUGUCUUUUUGACUGCUGUUUUUUGAACAGCUGUUUCCAUUUCCUUAACAGUUAAGCAAUAGUGUGUUUUCUUGUAUGGGAAAAUGGGUGUUGAUGAAGACAACAAGUUCUGCCAUUUGAAAAAUAGAAACUAAACAAAAAAACAAAAACAGUUUCCCUGUGUUACAAUAAGAUAAGACCUGAUCUUGACUAAAUCCCUUUUUUAAAAUUGUGCUCUUUUUGCCCAUAUUCUGUUCAUAAAGGUUGUGUUUUUGCUCACUCAUUGUGAAGUCGGUGACAUUUUCAAGUGUGAAACCAGCCAUCAUCAAAACAUACUUAUUUCUCUUAUUUCUAUCUAUCAUCAUUCCUAUUUCAUUUGUGGCAUCCUGUCAGAAAUGUUUUCACUCAACAGCAAAUCUGUGUGGGAGCCUAACCCUGCUGUUAUAAUCUUAAAAAAAAUUAUAAUAAUAAAAAAAAAAAAAAAAAAAAAAGAUAUGACAGGGAUUUGAAUAUUCUUUUUUAUCACUGACCACAUGCAGUAAAAGUCCAAGGCAGCUGAACUCUGGCCUUUUAAGCAAAACAUCUGCCAUAAAAAACCACAGGAUGAAAAAGAUACCUUUGCAGUCCUUUGAGCCACAAUCUCAGUGACAUUGUGCACCUGUAUUUGAUAAAACAUGCAAAAAACGAAAUGUUUACCACAAUGCAAAAAGCUGCGGGACACGUAACAGUCAGGGUCAUAGACAUUAAACAGCAAUGACACCAAUCUAGACUCAUCGAUUUACCCCUUUACAGCAUUAGCGGGAUCAGAGUCUACCUGACAGAACAUACAACACAGCUCCUGGUUCAGGCUCUUGAAAUAUCACACAUUGAAUACUGCAUCUCCUUACCAGCAAGCCAAAAUGCCCUGCCAAACCUCUGUGGAUGAUCCAGAACUCAGUAGCAUGCUUGGUCUUCAACUGACCCAAAACAGCACAUCUCUCUCUGCUGUUCAUCUCUCUCUGCCAGCUUCCAAUGGCAGCUUCUAUCAAAUUCAAAACACUAUUCUUGCCAAUGAAACAGACACAAAAUGAGAUUCUUUCAACUUGAAAUCCCAUAUCCAGGUCUAUAAGACCCCAACACCCUGACAAUGAAAGUGCUGAGUGCUCCCAUCAUGACAGGUUGCCAAGUUACUAAUCAGACUCUCCUCCUAUGUUGUCACCAUGGCAGUGAAAUUUCUGCCUUAAAGAAAGAGCCCACAAGCCAGGUCUUCAAUCGUUUUGCAAAAUAACAUCAUAUUGUACUGUAUCCUAAAUCUUUUUUUAAUAUUUUCUAUCAUUAUAUCACUUUGUAAUAUAUCUUAUCAGUAUUAUGGUAUUGUUUUGAUUGUUUCCUGUCUGGUCGUGACAUAUCUUUUAUCAUGGUAUCAUUUUGAGCUGUAUCAUAUCUCAUUGUGUCCCAUGAUAAUAUGAGGUAUAUUCUGAAUUUAGCUGUGUGUCUCUUCAACACAGAUGACAUUCUGUGUUGGGUUUUCUCUGUUGGCAAUAGUCUCAUAUAAAAUGCAAAGCUGCACAGGAAUGAACUCUUGAGGUUAAAAUGAUUUUCCCAUUAUUUGACUGUGUCUAUACAAAUAGUGUCUGUGGGCUUCCUGGUGGUUGGCAGAGAACAGCCUUACCAUAAACAACCAGAAGCCCUUGAGGAAAAAAUCCAUUUAUAAAAAUUUUCUCCAUCACUGUGCAGCACCCAGCACAUGUUCUUUUUGCAUCCAAUUCACUCUAUGAAGGACUUUAUUUUAACAGCUGAAAAUAUUUUCUUUCAAUUCGGUGAUCUGAGGGAAAAAUAAUUUUGAUCCAUAGCCAAUUUAAUUGUUACUGUUUUAUAAAGACAAACCUGCAUCAUGGCUGAACAGCUGUGUCGUAACAACUAAAAGAAAAACAAUACAGUUUUUUAAACUGAACAAACAGCCAUGAAAGUUAGAGAUAACUCCAACUCCAAACAUAUUAAAUUGCACCUUUUAUUAAUUUAUCAGAUUUCACUGCCACAAAUAACAUAAUUGAUCAUAUUUCCACACGGUUGUUCUUUUUCAGCUUUAUUUUUUUAUUUCCAAAUGAAGACAUGCCUAAUGUUAGUCUCCAUACACCAUUAUAGCUCUUAUACAUGGACCCCUUACCCUAAGAUACAGGCAUAUUGUGAUUGUACGGUAUGAACAUGAAUCUGUAACACUCAAAUCAAUGUCAUGUAAUUUUCUGAUAGUUUCAUCUACAUUAAAGUUAUAACAUGUCCAAUACUACACCUGCUGCUGCUUUACAGUUUCUGAUUGACGUGUUUGUUUCCCCUGAGACUAUUUUUAAAUCAAAGUUUUCACAAAAAUGGAAAAGGGACACUUUUGGUGGUUUAGUUCUUCUUUAUUUUUGAUAUAAUGUCAGAGGUGUUUCAGGUGUUGUUUGUUUCAGCAGCUGUGAAGGGUGAAUAUCUACCAGACUAGUUCACUCUUCCUUUUUCUUACUUCCUCAUGCAGGCAGGAUGGGCUGUAUGAAGUCCUCGCUGAGCGGCAGCUUGGAGAGAAAGAACAGCCAGCAGACUGUACGUACCGAGCAAACCCACUAUGUCAGGGACCCCACCUCCAAUACAAAAAACAACAUAGUAAGUAGUCAUAAAGCUGCAGCUGAGCGAAUCAAAACAGUUUAUUAAAGGCUAAAAGACCUUUACUUCCCAUUUUGUUGGACUUCUCUUAAUCAAAUCACAUACAGAGGACCAUCUCUGGGACAACUGACCUACAUCUCUACAAUCAGAUCUUCAUUAACAGCUUUCAAAAAUCCUUUACUUACUAGAAAGUUUUGCUGUACCUCCUCUCUUGUAAGCAUAUAAGCAUGUUGUAAUUUUUUUUAUUUGACCUGCACUGCUGCUUUAAACAUCUUUUGUCUAUCCUGGAGGGACGGCAUCUUCAUAGGCCUUCUGGGGCUUUUGGGCUGCACAAUGCUUUAGUAUAUGUUGAUCUUCGCUGUCCUGUUUUUUUUUUAAUGAUGAGCAAAAUAACCUAAACUAAAGGUUAUAAAACACUGAAAUCUGCUAUCUGAGCUCACCGGAGAAAAAGCAAGAAAAUAAUUCCAUUACUUCUUGGUCUGUCUUUGCAGAAUAACUCCCUGUUACCUGGUCAGGUGUUUCAAAAAAUGGAAGGUAUGCCUCACAUCUUUUCUUUUCUGUUUUGUAACAUCUCUUCAUUAACUACUUUUGUUGGUGGCCUAUAGCACAGCCUAAAUGGGUAGGAGGGCUCUUGCAUUUAGAAAACAGAGAAAUACACCUGUGACUAAGGACAGUUAAACCUGAAGCCUUAAAGUGCUGACUGACAAAUCCAAAUCCCUGUUGUGUGAUCUUGUGACAAAGUGCAAAGUCCUCUAUUGGUGCUAAAAGUUGGGCUAAAAACCCUAACAGCAAAGUUUAAUUGGGCUUAUGAGGGUUUGUCAGAUAUUAUGGCUUUUUCUCAUUGAUUCAAGUCAUUCUGGAAAAUUCUAUCUGUGUACCACUAGGGGCGCCACCAGGGAUUUAACAGUAACAAUGCAUCAGAUUUUAUAAAGCACUUUAUCGGUAAACCUCAGAGUGCUCAUAUUGGAUACAUAAUUUAUUCAUUCGCUCACACAGUCACACCCUGGUGGUAAACUACCUUAGUCGUCACAGCUACUCUGGGGCAGACUGAUGGAGAUGUGACUGCCAAUCUGCGCCUGUGGCCUCUCCGACCACCAAAUUUGGGGUUUCGUGAAAACAAUACAUCAUGGAGCAAACCAUUUUGCUACCCAAGCACAAACCAACCCUAAAAAUACUCCACUGUGUGAUCAUGGUCAAGAGGAAAUUUUGAAAAACAUAUGUUUUACUUAAUGGCCAGUGACAAAAUUUUGGUUUGGGCAAAUUUUGGUGCCCCCUGUGGACAAAGCAGUCUUUGCUAAUGGUGGUAAACUCUGAUUACCCAGCUGUUUGGCUGCCAUCUCUCCUUGUGUUGGUUUGAGGUAUCAGUUUAUCAAAAAUUACAAAUUAGAAACCAUCUAUCUUGCCUUAGUCUUUUUUUUUUUGCUUUUGUAUAUCAUAAUGUCUAUUCCUGUCUAUUUCAAGCAAUAAAAUGUGUAAUUAUGUUUGGUAUUUUCACCCCUUUAAUAGCCGUCUGCUCUUGUUAAUUUUGGUUGUGUAAAGAAAAGUUAAAAAUAUUCAUUUAGGGUCAGAUUGAGACGCUAAAAUGAUGAGCUAACUAAUGUGAAGGGAGCAUGAGAAGUGUAUUUUUAAUAGACUUCACUAUUAAUUGCAUUUUAGAGACUCUAGCUGACAUGCUGUCAACCUUCUUCACUUAAUUCUAUUUUAUAUGCGGUCAUUUCUGGAUCUUUGAUAUGAUAUUGUUGACUUUACUUUCCUCACUCACUUGCACCAGGUUUCAGGGAGGACCAUACCAUUUCACUUAACUAGAGAAGGGAGUUUAGCAACACGGAGGCUGUUAUUUUUUCUCAGCUUUGUAGAAUUUUUAUCUCUUAUAGUUUUAGGGACUCUGAAAUCAUCCUAACUAUGGCAUACCUGUGUCGAGAUCACAGACUACUGUACUAUGGCAGCUUAGCAAAAGACUGGCUGUUUGAUUGUAUACUUAAUAAGACUACUCUCUUAAAGGAUAAUUAAUAUCAUUUAGAUGACAGAAAGUUAGCUGAUCCCAUUUUUGGCCACUCCACAGCUGUGGAGUAGGCCAACCCUUUUAAUGAAAGCGCAACUAUGGCUUUUUCUGUUCCUGGAAAAAAAAAAAAAAACAGCUCUUUAAAUAUAUCUACUUCCUCUUCAACAUGACAGCUGAUUGAUAGUCAUUAGCUUAUUGAACCUUAUCUGUAUAUUUUAUCAAUAUAGUUUUUCUUUGAGUUUCUACACAACAUAGGUAGUCCAAGCUAAGCUACAUCCAUAUGCAGUUGUCAUUGCAAAAAAUAAAUGUUUUGAUUAAAGCUUCUGUGAGGGGUUUCUGGUUGGAUACUCCAUUUAAAGAUCAAGCGCUUUGGUUCUUUUAUUUUUAUUUUUUUAUUUUUUGAAAGCCCUCCCAGGCUGCUACUUCAUGAGUGCAGUCGCUUUAUUUGACGCUAUAUUUGUUUGUCAUGUCGUCGUAUCUUGAGGAUUUUCAGUGAUCAUAUGACACAGUUUGCAGCACAGAGCAACGGUGGGCUUAUACAAUUUGUUGAAAAGUAUCUAAAAUGUCAACAUCUCUCUGUUUCCUCUCUUAGCACAAAGGGUCGGCAAAAUAAUGGUCAGCAUUUAUCCGUAUGAAGCAGUGCAUCCAGACGACUUAGGAUUCAAGAAGGGCGAGAUGAUGAAAAUCUUGGAGGAGUGAGUGUCUGAUACCAAUGGUGGACUGAUUGCAUCAUAUAAGACAGGGGUCAUUGCUCACACAAGGUCCAAAACUGAGUUCUGUUUAAUCUGCAUGGUUCGUCCAUCAUUACUGACUGUUGCAUCACAAAAAAGUCUUCAGAGCACAAACUUUGAAUUCUACCCAAGAUGCAAAAAUCUCUGAUGAUACAAUACCUCAAAGGCUGAAAAUGACAUAUUCAAUUGGAAAAAGCUGGCUUUAAGAUGUUUGGAAUAACAUGAUCAAUUUAAUAAUUUAAAAAUACCAGUAGACCAGCUGCGCUCCGCCUGCGCUGAAAGCUGACCAGGUUUGAAUCGGCGAGCUUUCAGCGCACUUUACACGCCGGUGACGAGCACGAAAUUGUCACUACGCCAGCUGAUUCUUUUGAUACCUCCCCCUGCCAUGCCACCAUGCCCAGCUUGGUAGACCUCGGUGCGCCUCACUCCACGAAAAUACCAAACUGGUUGUACACCGGGCUCCGCCAGACCAAAAUACCACUGCGUGGGGUCCGCCACCCUCCGCCGCGUCCCCAGCGAACACGAAAAUAGAGCCCAAUAACUUUUCCUGGAAGACCUUUCAUAAUAGAGCAAGAAGCUGUCAAACUACAUUCUGCAAAUAUUAUAGUACAUUGGCAUGGCUCCAUUGUUAAAAGGUCUGGCUGCUUCAGUGACCUCAUUGGAAACAUUUGCUGCAUUAUGACCCAUGAGUUACAACAGAGGAUACCCUGAGCAGCUGAGCAGGUGAAGUCUUAUAUUGGCAAUAAUCAGACAGCAUGUCAAUUUCAAAACUCCAGAGAUCAGUCUCCUUGGUUCUUAAACAUUUAUUAAAAGAUGAGGUGUUACAUCACAAAGAUGACUAUGCCCCUGUCCAAACUUUUUUAAAGCACCAAAUUUUGAAUGAGCAUAUAUCAUCAGCAAUUUUAGUAAACAACAAAAUUAGUAAAUCAGGAUUUAAAGUUGCUAGUUCAUAGUUUUCAGACACUUUGGUUUUGUAGGACCCUUUGAAAGUCAAAGGCCAAAUAGUACAUCAACUGUACUAAAUCAUGUUAUCUUUUCUUGCAGACAUGGAGAGUGGUGGAAAGCAAAAUCACUGUCAACCAACAAAGAAGGAUUUAUACCAUCUAAUUAUGUUGCUCAAGCUGACACCAUGGAAACAGAGGCGUGAGUAGCUACACCUGGAUACCUGGCUUUUUCUUGUUUUUAAUCAAUGCAUUCUACAAUAGCACGUGCACUGUUUACAUUGUGCAUAGACUUAUAACUACAGUAUAUCUGAGAAGUAAGGCUAUUUGUUUUUGAAGUGUAGUUCUUUAUAUUUGAAGGUGGUUUUUCAAGGACAUCACUAGAAAGGAUGCAGAGAGGCAGCUGCUGGCACCAGCGAACAAACCCGGCUCUUUUCUCAUCAGGGAAAGUGAAACAUCAAAAGGUCUCUAAGCCCCAUAAACCUUGAAACAAAGAUGUAUUCACAUACAAUCACUUAACAGAUCAGACAACUGUCCUUCUUGAUUUUAAGUAACCAGUCGCCCUCUCUUUUGUAUUUGUUUCAAAGGAAGCUACUCAUUGUCCAUCAGAGACGUGGACACUAAGGGGACAGACUCUGUCAAACACUAUAAAAUCAGAAAGCUGGAUAAUGGUGGAUACUACAUCUCUCCAAAAGUGUCCUUCAGUGACAUCAGUGCAAUGAUCAAACACUAUCACAGUGAGUGCAGCUCCUGCUACAGAGGCAUUAAACAUCUUUAUUUCAGAAAAAACUUCAUGUAUACUCACAGGCCUGUGUACUAGUACUCAAACUUACUGACAUAUUUCUAUGCUAAAACCUUGAUUUAGAGUACCUGAAAAGGUGUCAUGAUUAAAUCGUACUUUUUCUGCUGAGAUUACUAAACCAAUGGAAAGGCUUCAGCUCUAAAUGUGCAUAUUUGUGUGCGUACCGUCAGAUAAAGCGGAUGGCCUGUGUCGUAAACUGGAUCGUCCAUGUGCAAAACCCCAAAUUCAGAAGCCGUGGGACAAAGACGCCUGGGAAAUUUCCAAAGAGUCCAUCUCCAUGGUGAAGAAACUCGGAGCUGGACAGUUUGGAGAAGUCUGGAUGGGUGAGUCUGCAGAUUUUUGUCUUGGUUUGAUUAGUCCCAUCUCUUCACCAGUGAAGACAGAGGAGGUUUCACUAAGGAGUUCACACAUGGUUAUUCAACGCUCUGGGACAGGGUGAGGGGUGGACUAACACAUAGGUUUAAAAUGUAAUGCUUUACAUCUGGAACAACAAAACAACUACAUUUAGUUUUUUAGUAAGAAAUUAUGAAUAAAUAUGAGGAUAAUAAUCAACAGUUUAGACUGGAGGCACAAGGACUUUUUGAGCUGGUCGUGUCCACUUCAAUGUUUUUUUGCACCAGCAGCGCAGUUGCUAGGUUACAAGAGUUGUCUCAUGGCACUUCCACUCUCCUCCACACUCCAUCUCUGCUCAUUGACCACCAGGUCUGUGUAAAAAUGCUCUGCAUGAUUCAUUUUUUUUUUUUUUAACACACGGUCUACUGUCAUUCCGACUGCCCAGUCUUUAUUUGCACAUAAUUUGGAUAAUCAACAAUAAAAACUAAUAAAAAAUUGGUAGAACAGAUAAAAAACACACCAGUACACAAAAUGAAAAUCAUAAUGAAUGAGAUUUUUAAGAACCUUCCUCAAAAUACUAAGACACAUCAUUCCCUCAUCCAUCAGAUUCUUCCUCAUCAGCUCUAAAGCAAGGCUAAAGCCUCAGUACUUGUCAUUUUUCUUCUUGUUGUCAUUUUUGAGUCUCUUGAGUUUUGAGUAAAGUUAUCGCAAGAUUUCAGCUUCACAGAGCUUAAAGUACUAAACAAACAAUAGAGCAGAAGAACGAGUGGCAAAAUGUGGCAAAUAUUGAAAUAUAACACCCUUUGUAAAAAGCAUGCAGUCAAUUUGACUGCUCUGGUAGUUCAAGGUAGUAUUACUCAGAUCUGUUUUGUGUUUUGAAAUUUUAAUGAUAAUAAAAUGUAAGAAUAAACUAUCCACACUUUUAGGAAAGGUCAGGGUGCGACUGGUGUAUAGGUUUUUUUUUUUUUAAUUGUGACUGUAAAUUUUGAAAGCAGUCAAAAUGACUGCCUUGGUAGUUUGAGUGUUAAGAAAACAGCUUAACAUCAAAGACAGAAAUCAUGCUUUAAAGAAACAGUGUUAGACCCCCCCUUCAAGCAGACUGAACCAAUGACAGCUAAUAAAUCAACAUUACCAAACAGCAUUGCCCAUUUGUGGCACAAUGCCUUUUAUUUUGAAAGAGGCUGAAUACAUGCUGAAUAAACUCAGAAAGCCCCUUCAACAAACCCCCAUAAAUGGCCCACUGGUGCUGGUAGUGGAGUGACAGUAAGCCUGUCUCAGUUUUGCAGGUCAGAGGAUUUGUAAAUCUUUCUCUUGUUUUAUGUAAAUAAACUGCAGAGCUGCAGAAGUGAACAGUACUGGGAAGUUCCAUUUCCCCCUAAUUAAAACAAAAAUGACUUCCCCCUUUUGUUACCUAUUAGGUGUAUCACAUAUUUGUCAGGGCUGACUGCGUUCUCUGGUACUGUGUUUCAAACAUGCAGAAAAGACGGGUCUGGGAAGCUCAAACUCACAUGUACAUCAGGGUUGUCAGCUUGAUCAUCUAUGAAGGAAAUGUUUGAGUCUGGAGAGAUUUGCAUCAAAAGUUUGGGAGUGGUGAUGGGUGAUGACACACACCACAGACAGAGAGAGAUUAUGUUUAAGUCCACGGUUUAUGAAAAAACCUCACAGUGGUCUGAAACUUACCGACAGCCUUUACUGUUUCUCCUUUUUACACCUUUUAAAUAAAAAAAAUAUACUGAGACUGUGAUCAAGUAUUUACAUGCAGUUUCAAUUCUUUGAAAUGAGAAGGGUUGAAAACAUGCAAUGUGGUUUCUGUUGCUUCAGGGGGCGGGUAUUGAGGAGGAAGUGAUGCUCCAGGGCUGAGAAGUACAAGACAAUGAAACACAGUUUUUGUUUUUUUUUUUUUGUUUUUUUUAGAGGCAGUGAUGAAACAAGGUUAUAUAAGCCAUUCAGGUUUAAUUUUAAAACAGUCUCUGUAACUACUGUAGUGAAAUAUUGAAAAUCAUCUUGGGAUGGAAAGUGACUAAUAGCAUUUACUCAAGUUACUGGAGCUGAGUAGCUCAUUGUGUACUUGUGUACUUCUGAGUAGUUUUUUAAGUUGUGUUUCUACUAGAGGAGACUCAAGUCACACUUGACACGUGUUGGGAUUCAAAUCAGACCAGAACUGCAGGACUCUUAACAAUCUUUUUAUUGAUUGUAGUUCAACUAAACUGUUGGUGAAAACACAGUGAAUGUUGUUCUCACAUAUCUCUCACCUAAAGCGUGUUUAUCAACAAGUUUUUCUUAUUUUUCAUCCAUACAAGUCCACUCUGUGUGAUAAGUGAAUAAGAGAGAAUGGGAGAUUUGAGCUUUUGGGGAAGUUGAGCUGUCCAUUGUUUCUGAGCAACUAUAGACAAAAUUGGUCAUGUCAUCACAAAUUUUCAAGAGUCAUCCAUUUUACUUGUUGUGUGGUGUAAAGAGGUACAUGACAUAAAUGGCACAGGCAUGUCAAUUUUAAAAACUGUUUUGUACUAUUGAGAGUGAAAUUUUCAUGUUCAAGAAUCCAUAGUUCUUGUACAUUAAUAAUAAUAGACCAGUUUAAAAAAAGUAUGUUACAAGCCUCACAAUGAAGUUUCAUAAUUAGCAUUAGGCUAGUUGCUCCUGUGGACAUGCUUCUGUCAAUAAUUAGAUUCUUACUUGGUGCUCCUAAACUUGGAUGAGGAAAGUGGCCCAGUUACAUCUCCGAAUCGAGCUAAAGCGGUAGCUCGACUACACUGUGUAUACACCUGAUUGAAUAUUUGAUUACAGCUAAAUGUGGCUGAAGUAAAUAAACAUGGUUGUUUUCUUGGCCUUCUGUGCAAUUUCUAUGAAAUACUUUUUUUUUUUUAAUCUUGGUUUCUAGUUUAAUGUGGACUCGAUUCAGAAAACUGGCAUUUUGAGUUUUAAAUAUGAAAUUGAAAUGUUUGGUUUCCUCAUUGGGGGAAAGUUGAUACAAGUGACUUUUUUUUUUUUUUUUUAACAGUUAUCCACUACAGGCCAAAAGUUUGGAAGCAAGGCCAUUACAGGCCAAACAGUUGGGAGUAACUUCAAGUUUUUGUUCACAAUGUUUUUUUUUUAAAUCCAGCAUGAGUUUCAUGUAUUUUGGGAUGUAUUUACUCCAUGAUCAGAUGUUGCUUUUAUGGAAAUGCACCAUUUUACUCCAUUUACCUUUAGAUAUACAUUGAUGUUAACAGACCAUUGCUAAAUAUAUGUCAGCAAAAGAUAAUAAGGGCUUAGUUUUAGAGUUGAAAACAAGAGUCACAACUUCAGUGCAAAAGCAAAAAAAGAGAGAGAGCUGUUUUCGCCACCGGCGAGGCGUAUUACAAGUACUAGUGAAGUAGUCAAAGAGAUCAAGAGAUGUCUGAAGACAGUAAUGCCACACGAUGACGACAGAAGGCAGCCCCUCAACAAGUGUCGCUGUAAGCGCUGCAGAGGGCGUCCUGCACACUCUCUCAUAUGAGCACAGAGGGGUUUGGUGUGUGUAAUGUUGGACCCAUUGGUAAGACAAACACCCUUUUCCACAAAUAAAGACACUCACAUAAAGUUGCAUAUAUUCAGUGUUGUUUUCGUCAGGCAGGACGAAAACUUAAAUGACGACGUCAGACCCCUUUUUUCCUUGACGAAAAUGAGACUAAGACGAACGUCACCAAAGCUCUGUAAAGACUAAAAUGUGACGAAAAUUAUAUUCAUUUUCGUCAGACGAGAACGAGACAAGACUAAAUUGUUAUUAGGUGGACGAACAAAGUUUCAAAACAUGCUUUUUUUUGUCCUAACAGUCACGCCCCCAUCACACACGCAGCAAAAGCCUCGCUCGCGCACAGCUGCGCGCACACACUCAUUCACAUACACAGAGCGGCAGGUGGACGAGGCGCGCACACACACACACCGUGGCGGCAGGCACAGCAGCGGUGCCCGGUGGCCGAAAAAAGAGGGAUGAUUUUUGGUCCUACUUCAGAUACAGUUCAAGUGACAAUAAGAUAAAAGUGACAAUAAAACACGGGACGGGGAGACGAGACAGACGACAGUUGUGGAGCCACAGCUUCCUCAUGCUUCAAACUGUCGGGAAAGAACACCACGAACCUCAAAAGGCACCUUUACGUCGACUAAAACUAGACGAAAACCUUUUGAGUUUUGGUCGGACUAAAACUAGACGAAAACUAUCAAGGAUAGAAAUGACUAAAAUGGGACUAAAACGAAGAAGCAUUUCGUCAAAAUGACUAAGACUAAAACUAAAUCUAAAAUGCCUGCCAAAAACAACACUGCAUAUAUUCAAACCUCACGUGACAAAGGUGGGUUGUGCGCACAGAUCACAACAUAAACUCCAAAAAUGGCAUUAUAAUCGGAACCAUCUGCGCCACCCGGCUCCACCAGACGGAAAUACCACUGUGCGGGGUCCGUCACCCUCCGCCGUGUCCCUGGCGGACACGAAAAUAGAGCCCAUUGUCUUUAUAAUUACCUAACUACCAAAAUUUAAAAGGUUAAAUAAAAAUGUUUGUUCAACUCAUGGCCAGUUCACAGUCAAACAUUAGCCUGUUUAGUUCUCAAAAUUCAUGUCAAAGUGAAUAUUUGAUGGUACUGUUGAAAGGUUGAAGAGGACUUGUAGAGUAAUAUUUAUUUUUAAUCUUUCCUCAAUCAGAGCUUUAAGUAGGCACACCUUUAACAUUACAAAUGCUGUCACCUUUGAUUUAGGUUACUCCAUCUAGAUCAGCAACUCACCAGCUCUGCUGCUGCUGUUCAGGACAAGACUUAUUGUCACUCAGGACCUAUUGCUUUACCUUAAUCAAGGCAGAAAUUAGAUUUGUGCUUGAUCUGGAUCUGGAUGUCCAUGGCUUUGCUCCUGCUAUACAGAAUUGCUUAUCAGGUAGUUUUGACCAAUUAGGAUAAAGUAUGACAUUUGUGAUUUUAAAAAAGGCUUGUAAUGAUUCUGUAGUUAAACCAGUUCAGCCAUGGUGGCAGAAAAGGAGUUUCAUCCCAAGAACGGAUCAAACAGAUUACUUUAUUUCUUCAUGGAAAUAUCAUAUCAUUGACUUCUCUUUCUCUUCCUCCAGCUUUCUACAAGAACACCACCAAGGUAGCCGUGAAGACGCUGAAGCCGGGCACCAUGACAGUUGAGGCUUUCCUGGAUGAAGCCAACGUCAUGAAGAUGCUGCAGCAUGACAGGCUGGUGCGUCUCUACGCUGUCGUCACCAAGACACCCCCAAUCUAUAUCAUCACUGAGUUCAUGGCAAAUGGUAAGUAACUGAUACGUGGCUGAUGGUAUUAUGUGAAGCAGUCUACAAAUUGUGAGGCUGUGUAAUACAAAACCCAAUUCCACUAAAGUUGGGAAAUUGUGAUAAAUCAUAAAUAAAAACAGAAUGCAAUAAUUUUCAAAUCCUUUUCAACCUAUAUUCAACUGAAUACACUACAAAGACAAGAUAUUUGAUGUUUAAACUCAAACUUUAUUUUUUUUUUCUUUUGCAAAUAAUCAUUAACUUUAGAAUUUGAUGGCAGCAACACAUGACAAAGUAGUUGGGAAAGGUGGCAAAAAAUACUAAGAAAUUUGAGGAAUGCUCAUCAAACACCUAUUUGGAACAUCCCACAGGUGAGCAGGCUAAUUGGGAACAGCUGGGUGCCAUGAUUGGGUAUAAAAGCAGCUUCCCCAAAAAUUCUCAGUCAUUCACAAGCAAGGAUUGGGAGAGGUUCACCACUUUGUGAACAACUGUGCGAGCAAAUAGUCGAACAGUUUAAGAACACCAUUUCUCAAAGUACAAUUGCAAGGAAUUUAGGGAUUUAAACAUCUACGGUCCAUAAUAUCAUCAAAAGGUUCAGAGAAUCUGGAGAAAUCACUGCACAUAAGUGGCACGGCCAGAAAACCAACAUUGAAUGCCCGUGACCUUUGAUCUCUCAAGCGGCCCUGUAUCAAAAACCGACAUCAAUGUGUGAAGGAUAUCACCACAUGGGCUCAGGAACACUUCAGAAAACUAUUGUCAGUAAAUACAGUUCGUCACUACAUCUGUAAAUGCAAGUUAAAACUCUACAAAGCAAAGCAAAGGCCAUUUAUCAACAACAUCCAGAAACGCCACCAGCUUCUCUGGGCCUCGGCUCAUCUAAGAUGGACUGAUGCAAAGUGGAAAAGUGUUCUGUGGUCUGACAGGUUCAAAUUUCAAAUUGUUUUGGAAAUAGUGGACGUCGUGUCCUCAGGCCAAAGAGGAAAAGAACCAUCCGGACUGUUAUCGACGCAAAGUUCAAAAGCCAGCAUCUGUGAUGGUAUGGGGGUGCAUUAGUGCCCAAGGCAUGGGUAACUUACACAUUUGUGAAUGCUGAAAGGUACAUACAGGUUUUGGAGCAACAUAUGCUGCCACCCAAGCAACGUCUUUUUCAUGGACGCCCCUGCUUAUUUCAGCAAGACAAUGCCAAGCCACAUUCUGCACGUGUUACAACAGCGUGGCUUAGUAGUAAAAUAGUGCAGGAACUCGGCUGGCCUGCCUGCAGUCCAGACCUGUCUCCCAUUGAAAAUGUGUGGCGCAUUAUGAAGCGUAAAAUACGACAACGGAGACCCCAGACUGCUGAACAACUGAAGCCGUACAUCAAGCAAGAAUGGGAAAGAACUCCACCUUCAAAACUUCAACAAUUAGUCUCCUCAGUUCCCAAACAUUUAUUAAGUGUUGUUAAAAGGAAAGGUGAUGUAACACAGUGGUAAACAUGCCUCUUUCCCAACUACUUUGGCACAUGUUGCUGCCAUGAAAUUCUGAGUUGAUUAUUAUUUGCAAAAAAAUAAAAUAAAAAUAAAGUUUAUGGGUUUUAGCAUUAAAUAUCUUGUCUUUGUAGUGUAUUCAAUUGAAUAUAGGUUGAAAAGACUUUGCAAAUCAUUGUAUUCUGUUUUUAAUUAUGUUUAUCACGAUUUCCUUACUUUAGUGGAAUUGGGUUUUGUAAUAUUCUGGCCUAUCUCAAAUAAGCACAUAUUCAUUGAGGCAAAUAUCAGGAGUUCUGUAGCUGUAUGUUGUCUCAUCAGAUUCCAAUACCGUCUUAUGCUGGUUUUGUCUUUAGGGAGCCUCUUGGACUUUUUAAAGAGUGAUGCAGGAUGUAAACUGCAGCUACCAAAGCUCAUUGAUUUCUCAGCACAGGUAUGUUUUAUACCGAUGAAAACAUGACAAUUUUUUAUUCAAAGCUUGCUGUCCUACACGCAACAGGAAAGAAAGAGCAUCAUUCUUUCCAUUACUGAACUGAAAAGAGGAACCACAACCAAAAGUACAAAUCAGACGCUACACAGUUCACAUUCAACUUCUGUGUUGGCUAAAAUAGUAUUGGUUUGAUUUUUAGCCAGUUUCCUUGAAAGACCAAUGUCCUUCUGUUUCUCUUUUGCUCUUUUAAAGGGAAGUGGUUAAAAAAGUGUCCGUCGUAAGAUUUGGUUGUUCGAUUCUCUUAAACUCUUCAGAUAACAUCCAGAGUUUUCAGUCAAAGCUUAUCUAAAGUCAAAGCAUAUUACUAAAAAUAAAUAAAAUUGUGUGAAUAAACUGACAAACAUUGACUGAAUCUUUGCUCAGACUUUGAUGGAGCUGAUCCUUUUAAAGAAAAGUGCUGUUUUUGUUACUUUAGGGAACAAAUUGCAAAGUGUUACCACGGGAAUUCUUAUUAAACUGAAUGCUGUAUAAUUCUGUUAAAGUAAAUUUUGAUGCCACAUUAUAAAGAAACUAGAAGAAAAGGGUAACACUUUCCAAUUAGGGUACACAUCUUUCAGUGUUUUAUUGUUUAAUUAAUAGUGAGUUUAUGCACGACUUAAAAUAAAUUUAAUGAAGAACUCAGUUUAGUAAAUUUUAUACCAACCAUGACUCAUCCUGACUAGAGCAACCUUUAUAAGCUCAGUUUGUACAGUAUGCAGGUUUGGUUCAAUAGAUAACAUUUAUUUUGUGGAGUUGGUUCAUGUACAGAUGUGGAUAACUUUUAAAUAAUAUAAGUUUUGUGAUGCCUUUGUUGUUUUAAAUGUCAAUAUGUUUGUCCUGCUUGUAAAAAUGUAACCUGGGGUUGUGCAUCCUCUGUGUUAAAUCUUCUCUGUGGUGUUGUUGUAGAUAGCGGAGGGCAUGGCAUACAUAGAGAAGAAAAAUUACAUCCACAGAGACCUUCGAGCGGCUAAUGUCCUGGUUUCAGAGAGUCUGCUCUGUAAAAUCGCUGACUUUGGUCUGGCAAGAGUCAUUGAGGAUGACGAAUACUCGGCCAGAGAGGGUAAACCGUGUGUGUGUGUGUGUGUGUGUGUGUGUGUGUGUGUGUGUGUGUGUGUGUGUGUGUGUGUGUGUGUGUGUGUCUGUGCAUCUCUUUAUAUAUUCAGGAAUUUGUGUUUUUUUUUUGUUUUUUUUUUGUUUUUUUGAUAAUUUAAGCAGUUUCAGUUUUUAUUUUAAGUGAGAUGUUAUUUCCCAUUACAACUACAGUACUCGAAAUUUUUGACAGCAAAAUAAAACCCCCUUCUGUGGAAAAAAAAGGCAGAAGUGACAAGUCAUUUAGAAAAUGAGGACUUCGAUGACUUAGACUUGUUUAGUAACUUUUUAAAAUUAUUUAUUAGGUACAUUUUUAUGUGCACCUGAUCCUGAAGACCAAAACAUGUGCAGAACUUGAACCACUAACAAAGUUAAUUUAUUAACAUCUGAUAACGACAUGUGAAUAAAUAUUUGAAGUAGACAGUGUUUUGAUAGGGUUGACUCUGAAUCUGCAGCAGAGUGGAGAUUAGACAGAAAUGCAAGAUAACAAAUAAAUGCCUCCUGACAUGUUACACAGACUGUGUGGGAGUGUCACAGAGUGAGUACACUGCUGAUUUGUUUUUACACACAGUAGCAGAAAAUAACUGUCAUUUUCCAAACAUCAUGAAUGUUUUUCUUAGGAGUCAUUUCACAAUGUCAGAUUAACUUACAGUUAAUGUUGUCAUGAGUGAGUUACUCCAGUUUUUUGAGUAGCUAUUUGUGUCUUUUCCACAGGAGCCAAAUUCCCCAUCAAGUGGACGGCUCCUGAGGCCAUAAACUACGGCUCCUUCACCAUCAAGUCAGACAUGUGGUCCUUUGGAGUCCUUCUGUAUGAGAUCAUCACCUACGGGAAAAUCCCAUACCCAGGUAUGAGGAGACUGUCCCACCAUGUGACCAACAUAUUAUCAGCUAAAAUUAGAUUUUAGAUUUUAGAUCUUUUCCGAAAUAUGAUAGAGUUUUGUAGGGUUUCUGCUUUAAGAUCUGCUGCCCUCUGCUGGUGGUUUUAUUUAAGAAGUACAUAAAUUUAGCUGAAUUGAUCCAAUACUUCCACUUGUUGCUGCCCUGUUUCUGUGAAUCAACCAUUGUGUAGGGGUGAAGUAGGGUUGUAUGAGAAACAUGUGCACCUCCACCCGCAGAAAACGGGCUUUCUUAUGGCAAAGUAAAGUGUUGAAAACUUCCUCAUUGGAGUGAACACUAAACUGAGAUAAGUGCUUGGGUCAUUUACAUGGCAGACUUGACCUUGGUUGCUGAAAAAAACUGUUGCCUAGCUAGUGUGCCACUCUCCUCGAAGUUUCCCAGUAAUAAGGCCGUGCCUACCAUGACAUGUAACCCACAGUGCCUCUCUUUAAAAUACCAAAACCUCCCUCUUAAGUGAAUCAGACAUCUACUGCAACCGUUUCAAUGUUCUGAACUUUCUCAAGCUGAGCAGAAAGAUCUGUGUGUGCAUUUACAUUGUAUAUAUUGUAAAUCUUUACCUCUGCAUGUACAUCUGCUUGUGCUGUUGUCAGGUAUGACCAAAGCGGAGGUGAUGUCCUCUCUGCAGCGCGGUUACAGGAUGCCUCAGCCCAAUGGCUGUCCUGAAGAGCUUUAUGAGAUCAUGAUGACCUGCUGGAAAGCCAAACCUGAGGAAAGGCCCACAUUUGAGUACAUGCAGAGUGUCCUGGAGGACUUCUACACCGCCACAGAGGGACAGUACCAGCAGCAGCCUUAGUGAGGGGCACUCAGGACAUUUCAUACUGACUCCAGAGUAUGUUUGGAGUCACCUUAAAUAUGUUUGUUUAUUCUUGUUUGACUUGUAAUUUAUGUAUAAAUAACAAAUUAUAUGAACUUAACAUAAACUUAAUAUACUCUAUUAUAUGUUACCGUGAGAACUCAGUGUGCAGGACCAGGACUUUUUCUGUGUCCUCUUAAAUCCUUGUUCCUGUGUAAGCAUAUUAAAAGCAUUUUAAUUCUCCAUUACAUUUCACAUUUAAGAAUAUUUUUGACAAUUAUCAACAGGAAAGCUUUUGUUUUUCCCUUUGACACCAGAUUGCUGUGUCUAUCUAUACAUUAUAAAACUGAAAUAUCAUUUAGUUCCUAUGUUUGAUUUCUGUUUAAAUCAUCUCAUUACACCAAAAAUGAGCCACAGCGGUCUGAGAAGUCCAUUCAAAAAUCUGAACUUAAGAUAUUUCAAGGCAAAUUAGAUUGAUUGAUAAGAUAUUUAGUUUGAUUUAGUUUGAUUUUUAUUAAAAAAAACCUUUUUAGAUAAUUUUACUCAAAUUGGCAAUGGAAACUUUAUUCAAUACUUAAAAUUAAGCCCGUAGUAUUGGCUUAAUACACUAAAAAUAAGAUUUGUAUGUGGACUUAUAAGGUUGAUAUGGCUUGUAUAAAAUAUAAUGAGUUAUUUUGACUACAAACUAAUCAAGUACACUUUGUGGGAUUUAUUUAUUAUUAUUAUUUUUUUUUGCAUUGUACCUCAAAUAUAUUCAAAGCAAAUUCUUAGUUUCUAAUUAAUAUUGCCAAUGGAGUUGAUAAACAAACAAUAGGCUGGAAGUUUGGGAGGGUUUGUGUACUGACACAAAAAGCUGCCUUUUGGAGACUGUCUGUGUAAAUAAUGUAGAAAAAACAAAAGGGCAUGCUAAAUAUCAUAAGAAAUAACUUUUGGAAUUUAUAUGACCUCCGUUUAACUAAUUAAGACUCAAGUGUCAGCAGAUUUCAUCAUGACCCCGUGUCAUCUUGUGAAUAUUGUAAUACUGAAGUAUUAACUGUGUCCAGGUCCAGGUAAAAGAUGAACACUGAGGUUAGCUUGUUCAGGUCAAAAACUUGAUUCCAUGUCCUAAUUAAGUAUUAAAUGUUGGGAUUUUGAGAAAAAAAGAUUCAUAAGGGGGGAUAUUGAAGUUGUGCAAAGUCAUGCAAAAUCAUGCUUUUUAUUCUUGGUCAUCAAAAUUCAUUUCACCUUCAUCAUAUUUUUGUAAUAACAGGAGAGAAGUUGUUUAAUGACUGAAAAUCAUCUGUUCGCUCCAUUUCUUGUUGACCACAGGAAACUAAUCACUUUAAAAUUCACUUCAUAUUGAAGUGCUGUAAAUCUUAUCAGUUCUUAAUGUAAGUCUAUAUAAGGGGAAUCUGCUGCCUCAUUUAUGUAAAAUGUGUUGUUGUAAUGUGAAAUAUCUGGAUUUUCACCUCAAUGCUGAAUUUUCACCGGCUCUUCGUAAAUUUGAUAUAGCAUGUGUACAUUAAAUUUUCCAUUUCGUCAUUUUCAGCUCUACACCUAUUAUUUGAACUAUGAUUGUAAACAAUUAUGGAAAAAGAUUAAUGUCUCACUUAUUUCAAAUAAAUUCCGUUGCAGCAACCUUU